GAGAUCGGAAGAGGCGCGGGGAUGGCGGAGGGGGCGGCAGCAUCGGUGGCGCGAUUGAGAGUCUCCGACAACAACCGGAAGAAACCAGCGGCGAAGAUCACGUUGAAGAGCGCCGACAUGGCGGAGGAGAUGCGCGAGGAGGUUUUCUGCUGCGCCCGUGCUGCGUUCGAUGGACAUGCGAUGGAGAAGGACGUUGCGGAGUACAUCAAGAAGGAGUUCGACCGGAACCACGGCCCGACAUGGCACUGCAUUGUGGGCGGGAACUUCGGUUCAUUUGUGACUCAUGAGACCAACCACUUCAUUUACUUCUACAUAGAGUCAAAGGCGGGCUUAUUAUUCAAAUCUGGGUGAACAGGUCCAUUUGCAGCUUCUAUGCUUCACCUACAUAUCUUAUUCUCCCAGUACGUAACUUGCGCUGGAACACAAAAGAAUCCGAAGAAAAUGGCUAUGUUGCGAAGCAGAGUUCUCUGAUUGAUGCUCUUUAGUUCUUCUGUUGUUGUGACUGUGUUGUUUGUAGUAUUAUUGGUGCCCGUAGAUUUUUGUACCAAUCUGUUCAGAUUUUAUUA